AUUUUUGACGAACAGAGCCAAGGCAACAUCACAGGUGACGUGACCUCUGGAACAGGGUCAGAUUUAUUGUAGCAACGAACCGUAGCAACGCAGAGAGUCCGUGACGACGAUACUCGCGCGCUCGUGGAUCAUGUGUUGGAAUGUUUAAUAACUUCACACGUAUUCGAAAAGAAUUCGCAUCGAGAGCGCGCAAUCCUGAUAAACAUGGGAUGCGGGAGCUCCAAAAUCACGGUGGUUGAACCCGUGAAACCGAGCAGUCUGAACGGAAAUGAGUUUGCAGUGGCUCAGGUAGGAUCCCGUGGCGAGUCCGCUGUGUCUAAGAUGACCACAGACAGCGGGGUCAGUCUGGAUGCGAAAGAGCCAGUCGUUCUCCCCGGAUCUGUUCCUGGACUCCUUCCACCGCUACGAGCCCAGAGUCCUGUCCUGGCCCAGCGAGGCGAAGCGCGCCCCGAGUCCAGCGAGAUCCUGGAGCAGCUGCUAACUCAGGGAAUCAUUCCCGCUCAUCCGAAUCGGGGCAGCAGUGGACAGGCCUACAGCAUCACGAUGGAGGAGGCGGGGAAGCCGAGGAGCAAACCGCCCGCUCGACUCGAGUCACUGAAAACUCUCAAAGAACAAGAAGUCACCAGGAAGGAAGACAUCGAGAUGAAGAUGAGACAAGUGGAGGAGAGGAGAAAGGAGAGAGAGGAGGACCUGAAACGGAGGAUGAGGAUUAAAUCCGCUCGGCCGCGUGUCGCCGCCCAUGUGACGACGGCAGACCUCGAUCCCACUGAACUGCUUCAUUCCGAACAGCUUCCGGUCCCGACCAGAACCAAACGACCCGAGUCCGAGGAGCGAAGAGCCGCUUCGCCAGAAUUGGAGCACGACUGCACCUUCCAGCAGGCCGACGACGGAGAACACGCUUUCGGUUGAGUCCUGAUGGACAGUCAGUUGCACACGCACUUUCUACAUGUCAUAAAUGAUUAAUUAUUUUAAAAAGUUUAAUUUUAUCACAGGGUAUGGCUCAGAUCACAUUCUGACCUUGGGUUUCACAUUAUUAUAGAAAUGAAAAUAUGUGCCUAAUUAGUAUAAGCAAUUAAUAAUGUUAAGAAUUGGGGCUAUAAUAUAUGUAUGAGUGAGUUGCCAAUGAGAUACUGGAUUUUGAAUCUUAAAAAUAUUAUUCUUGUAGUAUUUACAACUGUUGUUCAUGGUUGGUAAGAUAUGUCUUCUGCUCAAGGGUGCAUUUAUUUAACCAAAAAUAUAGUAAAAACAGUGAAAUAUGAUUACAAUGUUUUCUAUGUGAAUGUAAAGUGUAA